CCCUUGUCUCGAGUCACCUCCUUCUCAAAGUAUUUUUCGUGGGAACCCUUGGCUGCCUUCAGCGUCUUCCGCGUAGCUCCUCUGCUUCCUCUUCUGUACUAGUCUUUUCCAUCCGCGCGAAAUUCUCGCCUCGGAGCCCCGCACCUCCCCCCCGGUUGACGGGUCGAGUGACCGUCGGAACUAAGGUUUCGUUCUCGAACAGCAGACCCCGUUUUUCAGAGGUUUCUUUCGGGCAGACGAGCUCACAAAACGGCUGGCCUCGCACACAUUACCUGCCCCUCUCUGCACUCCACCUUGCUGUAGUAAAAGCGACUGUGUAGGGUGUACCACUCAAAAAAUUGUUUUUUUUUCGGGAGCAAGAACGACCCGCAAAGCCGGGCGUCCUUCAGCAGCGGCGUUUCCUUUCUGCUUUCAUCCAGAGACCGAGAUGCUUUUGGGACAUCUUGGUCGCUUUCUCGGUCCACUUUGGUCGCCCAAGCGUUUCUUUGUUUUUCAGAGAAACCGGAGAAAAGUCGCGUGAACAGUCCUUUUGGAUGUAGGCAGGAACUCGCGGCGACGACCGUGCAGCUCGAGUUCCUCAUUCCACGAGAGUUGGCUUCCUUUGGCGUGGAGAGCUGUUGAAUCUGUGCCUCGCGCCUCCCGGAAACUCCAGGGGGAAGGCGACGAGCAGAGUUUUUGUAGAAAGGAGUUGUCUUGGAUUUCGCGACAGGGACAGGACGUCUGUCAGCAGCGCAAUCCGUGAGCGAGUCUCGGUGCACAGACAGACCCGCGUGGACUUUCGGGUGGAGAGAUCACGGAGUCCAGCGAGUGUCUCCUCUUCUUCGUUCUUUCUUACCGCCUUCCGGAAAAUGGAGAAGUAUCAGAAGCUGGAAAAAAUAGGCGAGGGGACGUACGGAGUCGUGUACAAGGCGCAGGACCACUCGGGUGAAAUUUCUGCUUUGAAGAAGAUUCGCCUCGAAGCAGAAGAUGAAGGCAUUCCUUCGACAGCGAUUCGAGAAAUUUCUCUGCUCAAGGAGCUCCACCAUCCAAACAUCGUUCGCUUGCGGGAUGUGAUCCACACGGAUCGACGCCUCACUCUUGUCUUUGAGUAUUUGGACCAGGACCUGAAGAAGCUUCUUGACGUCUGCGACGGGGGUUUGGAGCCGAGCACGACCAAGUCCUUCCUGUUCCAGCUGCUAUGUGGAAUUGCGUACUGCCACGAGCAUCGCGUUUUGCAUCGCGACUUGAAGCCUCAGAACUUGUUGAUCAACCGCGAAGGCGCUCUGAAACUUGCAGAUUUUGGACUCGCACGCGCCUUUGGCAUCCCCGUCCGCAGCUACACCCACGAGGUCGUUACCCUGUGGUACAGAGCUCCCGACGUUCUCAUGGGUUCCAAGACCUACUCCACGCCUGUAGACAUUUGGAGUGUCGGCUGCAUUUUCGCAGAAAUGGUGAACGGCCGUCCCCUUUUCCCCGGAACGGGCAACGAAGACCAGCUGAUGAAGAUCUUCAAAGUUCUCGGCACUCCUCAGGUGUCGGAGCAUCCGCAACUCGCUGAGCUGCCACACUGGAACCGCGAUUUUCCUCAGUUUCCGCCUCUGCCGUGGGAUCAAGUGGUGCCAAAGCUCGACCCUCUAGGGACGGAUCUGCUGUCGCGGAUGCUACGCUUCGACAGCAACCAGCGAAUCUCUGCGCGCCAGGCGAUGCAGCAUCCUUAUUUCUCAGAUUUAGCAGACAACAUCAAGCGCCUUGCUACUUUCAGGGGCGAAUAA